AUGGGUUACCUAGUGAAAUUCUUGUUUUUUAAAUUAAUUAUUUUCUCCGAAUAUUUUGAAAAUACUGAUGGAAUCACAGUGGCCGAGAAGUUGAAAGAUGUGAUUAUGAGAGGCUACGACAAUUCGAUCCGUCCAGUAAUCAAUGAACGUGACGUCUUAUCCGUCAACAUUUCCCUAAACUCAAUGUCAGUUCUGGUUCUGGAUCCAGCUGAGGAAACGGUAACAUUCUCCUCCGAAUUCAUACUCCAAUGGCAGGAUCAGUUCAUCUCAUGGAACAAAUCCGAAUACAAUAUCACAUGGCUAAAACUAAAAGAAUCAUUCCUUUGGACACCAGAUACCACUGUAUCCACUAGCAUCAACACCAAUUAUUUAAUCGAUUCUGAUGAACGUUACGUGUCGGUGAAGCAUGAUGGAACGGUCCGACAAAGCAUGUAUGCGGUAUUUGUGAAUUUAUGUGAUAUGAAUGUGGACAAGUUCCCCUAUGACGAGCAGACAUGUAUGGUGAAGAUUGGUCCGUGGACGUAUACACUUCAAGAGGUCACCUGUGUCAGUGGACCUGAUAUUGAACCGAAUGAAACUUAUUUCGGGGAUUUUCAGGGAAAUUCCGAAUGGGACUUCGAAGGAAUCAUCGCGUCAGUGGGCCAAACUGAGGAUCCAGAUGUCAAUUUCACCUUUUCAGAAGUUCAUUUUGCGCUAACCGUGAAACGCCGACCCCAAUUCUACGUAUGGGUGCUGCUGAUCCCAACUUAUAUAAUUACUGUAGUUUGUAUAUUUGGAUUGUUCACAUCGACAGCAAAUCAUGGAUUGCGAGAGGAAAGAGUCAAUUUGGGAAUUACGACACUUUUAUCAUCGGCUGUGAUUCUUCAAAUUGUGGCUAAUGCAAUGCCUAAGACGUCAGAACUUCCAUUGUUAGGCAACUUCAUUCUCGCCGAAAUCUUCGUCGUGGCCAUUGGUGUCCUAUUCGCAGUGCUGGUCCUAACUCUUCAUCAAAGAGCACAUACUCGAGAAUGGAAACCGCCGGCAUGGAUGUUAUGGAUUCUUCGAAUGACUGGGUCAUCGAAAUUUCUAUAUAGGAAUAUAACGAAAAUACGGCAUAAGAAUAGUACAGCGGAGAGGGUGAACUAUACUGGCGAAGGCGCCUACUUAUUCGGAAAUCUGGACGAAUCACUUCAAUCCGUUCGAGAAUACAUCCAAGAAGAGGAUCGGGACUAUUUCCGAGAGCUCACUUAUAUCAAAUUCUUUGAUAGACUCGAUUUCCUUCUUUUGGUCAUUUUUCAAGUUGGAAAUGCUUUGGUUACACUUUUCUUAGUUAAACAAUAG